AUGGCCAUGCAACACCUCGCUCCAGAGAUCAUGGUCCACAUCUACGAAUCCCUCACCUCGGUGUCCGACAUCAUCAACCUGUCGUUGACAUGCCACUAUUUCCACGACCUUCUUCCCAAAUCACAAAAGCUUUCCCUGUUUUUCGGCGCGCUAGAUAAAGAGAUGGGCCCGCUAGAUGAAAUACUACAACUCCUGACCCAAAACGACAACCAAAUGCUUCAUGUUCGGCGCAGCCCGACGCUGUCCUUCGCCCUGUUGACGCAAGCUGCUGCCGUCGGCCGCACCGCGGAACGCCUUGUCAUGUUAUACCCGAGCUUCCGCUGGACGGAGGCGGAGAGCAUGUCUCGCAGAUUCCUCGACGCCGUGGAAGCACGACGACUGCGCCGCGCUGUGUACCGGUUCUGGAGCUACACGCAGGCUUUCCACGGCCGUUUUGGACGUGUACCGCGCUUUGACAUUAUGCCCUCGGCCGAACGAAUGCAACUGCUCCGCACAUGGCCCACCGACGAACUGUGUGAGCUCGAGGAUCUACGCUGCACAUUGGAACAACUACUGGCGACAGAAAUCUGCCCUACAGACGGGGAGGUAUGGUCUAGAAUGUCCGACGAUACCAGACAUGUUCAUUUUUACGCUCCUCCCGCAUUCGGGCAUACCUCCUUCUUCGACCGUAGCUAUCCCGGAUCUGUGGGGUCAUACAGUGAUGUGUUCCAUAGCUCUCGCGAUAUAGUGGUGCUGGACAGGACCAAGCCUUCGGUGCAGGAACUACGGCAUAGACACAUGUUGGGCUGGGGCAGUGACAUACACAGCUUCUACUUGGUGCAGUCGUUCUUGAAGUUCUCACCCGCGCAGAUCCUGUGGCUGUACGACACCGCGGUGUCCAAGGCCGACGUGGAAAAGUAUAUCGAGACGCACACGGGCGACCCCUGUUUCUUUGAGUCUGGGUCGAUGUUGUUCCACGACUGGGUGACGGUGUUGCAUACUCGGGGGGUGGACGUGCAAUCAACCCGGGAGGCGAUCUGGCAGGGGACGGCAGGGAUUGUGCUGGAUGGACUCCCGAGUGAGACGUAA